GAAGGAGGCGAAUACAUCUUCGAAACAUAAGCCAGAGAACGGAACGGUAGGCAAAGGUUGAAAAAGAUAAAAAGUGACAGCAUAGAGAAAAUUUCGAGCAAAUUCUUUUCCUAUCAGUACAAUCAAGAGUUUGAAGAUUAGUUGCAACAUCGAGCAAAAUAAAAAAUAUAUAAUUCAUUACCAUUUAACAAAACCAGCGUUUGGACGCUAUUGGGUGGCGAAAUAGUAUUGUGAUAAACAUUCUUGCUAUUGUUAUUUGAACAUUAUUCUGAUUGUGUGGUUGUCGUGUGACGGGAUAUUCGGAUUCAAUUCUACUGUGUUGGUCGUUGUAGCGGUGCUUGAGAAGUGCAAAAAAUGGAUAUCUUGCGUAAAAUGUUCAAAAUGAACGAAAAGGAGUCAUCAGGCUUGAACGGAACCGAUCAUAAGGAAGAUGCAACUGCAAAGGACGAGUUUCGGAAACCACAGUGGUUCGAGGAAGCGGAAACAGACGACGAGCUAUUUGAUGAUAACCGAAAGUUUGCUUUUCAAAUAUUCACUAAUCCUGUAGAGUUGCAGAAGCACUUCGAAAGACAAAUGCAGCAAAUUUUGGAGGCAGUUAGUGAAUUUGAAGAUGGUGAUGUUAAAAUUGACAAAGAUUUGAAGGAGGACUUUCUAAAGCCGGGCUUUGAAAAUAUUGAUAUUUUAAAAGAGUUUGAAAAGAAGAAAGCAGAAAUCAUGGACACUGAUCUAGAUGGCGAAAUUUAUGCUGACCAGUUGCAUUCCUUAAUGCAACGCUUAUCACCCAAUGAGGAUUUGCCCAACAUUUUACCACGCAACGACAACAAGGCUAUCCGUAAUCCUUUACGUAAGCAAAAAUUAAGUGACGAGGAGAAAAUUUUGGGUAAAAUACACGGUACCCUAGACAGUGAUGACGCUCCGAAGCAGCCACGUAUGCCGCGCACUCGUCCCGAUAUGAUGACACCAAUGACUCCUAUGAUACCACGUGGACCAGCCCCAUUUGGUGGAGGAGUUUUUGAGGGAACUUAUCAGGGUCCGAAAAUGUUCAGUCAGAGCGUAAUGUCUAAAACUAUACGUAAACCGGAUGGUAGUUAUGAGACUACGAAGGUUACCAAGGACUCCCAAGGUAAUACAACAACAACUAUAACACGCACCAUUGAUGGAAAAUCAGAGACAAUUACCACAUACGAUAACGCUGGUGGUUCCGGUGUCAUUAAACAAAAGGAAGGUGGCAUCGCCAAGUCCGAAGAUUUAUCGGAUCGCAAUAUUUACGUAACAAAAGAAGGUUACGCCGUACCAAGGAACCUCUGGUGACCAGUGGUGCUUAUUGGCCGAAUCCUUGUUGGCAACUUAUUACCCGUCUAUAUUCAAAUUCAGAUAUACUAUGUAUUAGUAACUAGAUCCUUAAGUGUUUGGUGUUUUAGAUGAAAUUCAAUUGAGGCUACAGAUAGCAGAUAGCAUUGCAAGAGCAGCAGCGGCAGCAAUAAUAACAGCAACAACACGGAUGACCGCAGCAUCCACACGUAUAACCGAAACAAAUACAGAAACAGUAUGGUAAACGUACACAGGUGAAUUUGGCAUUAUUAUUUGUUCAUCUUUUGAUGUAAAUUGGAAUUGUGUAAACGAUUUACAUAGGAUGUUCACUUUUUGAUGCAACACAUUCAAUUGUCUAUAAUCUCAAUGAGUGUACAAUUCUAUACUGGUUCUGUACUGUUUUCAUGGAAUUUAUUUCGUAUAUCUUAAUAUUUUAAUUUGAUUACGAGCAUCUUCAUGGAGCGUAAACAGAACUUUAUUUCGGGGACGUAUAUCUCUGGAUCAAACAAUUGAACCUGCAAUUAUAUGAAUUCACUAGAAUUGUUUGAUGAACGCUGGCAUCAGCGUGCGGAUGAGAAAAGGAGAAUUGUUUAUUUGUUGAAACGAUUUACGUUUAACAUGUAUACAUCAACGAAAGAGUCGCGCAAAUGCUUAGCUACACUGAACGACAGUGUAGUAAGAGUUCGGUCGUAUUUUAGUAAACAAUAUGCGAAUGUAGUAAAUUGGCUCAGAAUAUGUUAAAAGACGGUUCAUUUAGCAACAGCGGUUGACAGCGAUGAAUAUUACACAAAAGUAUUUUUUUCUUUGAUUCUUUAGUUAGCACGAAUUACUUCGUGGUAUGGAUUUUUCUAAGUGUGGCUGCUUUCAAUUGAAGGAAUUUGAACGCGAUGAGAUCUCAAUAAUUACUUUUAUCAUAUACGUUCUAAAUGUGGUUUGUGAGAAUGUGAAUAUUGGGAUACUGCAGUACUGAGUUUCAAUGAAAUCCAUCUAAAGUGCAAGAACAAAGAAAGAUGUUUAAAUAGAACAUCAAUAUACAUAUAUACUUAUGCUAUAUACAUAUAUAUUAUAUAUCCUUCAUCUAAGUUAAUAUUCAUUAUCAAAUGCGCAUUAGCGCCUGUAUCAUUUAGCUAAGUAUAUACGUUUGUUUUUCAUAUGAAAAUACCUAUUGGCAACCAUAAAGACUUUGAUAUUAUUUUGUAGUAAUUUUAAUGUUAACUGUGUAAAAUAUAGUUUUAAAAAUUUUCUCAAAAUUCAAAAAAAAAAUAUUUUUUAUAUUUUUUUAACAUAUACAUAAUACAUACAUUUAUGCUUUGUCAAUAUAUAAAUAUUUGUUUUGGAAGUUUAAGCUUUUUUAUGUGUAUGGAUAUGCAUAAAUGCUACGUUCCAAGUAAAUUAACUAAGUUAAGGAUUGUGUUUUUAAAUUUGUAUGUCAUAUCUGAUUUGGUUAUUUGUAAACCAUCUUUUAGUAUUCUACAUACACACAUUAAUAUCGUUGCAAAUAUAAUUUAACGUACAGCUAUUUGUAUUUACUGAAAACCACUUGAAAUAUAUAUUACCUACUUACAUGUGCAAUUAAAA